AUGUUAUCGAAUUCAACUGUACAAUUAUGUAUUCUAAUUUUUCUAUGGUAUUUAAUAAGUUCACUUGCAAAUAUAGUUGGUAAACGUUUAUUAACUAUUUUUCCACAUCCAAUUAGUGUUACACUUGCACAACUUUUUCAUGGUUGGGCUUAUUCAGUACCAUUACUUCGUUUAAUGAAUAUACCACAACCAACUUAUUUAUAUUCAACACGUAUUUAUUAUAUAUCAAUAAUAAUUCCAUUAGCAAUAGGAAAAUUAUUUUCACAAUUAACUUCACAAAUAAGUUUACGAUUAGUACCUGUGUCUUAUACACAUACAGUUAAAGCAUUAAUGCCUAUAUUUACAGUUGUAUUAUCAAGAAUUAUACUUAGUGAAGAACAAUCAUUUAUGACAUAUAUUUCAUUAAUACCGAUUAUUGUCGGUGUUAUUAUAGCAUCAUUGAGUGAAUUAUCAUUUGAUGCAAUUGGUUUAAUUAGUGCAUUAUUUAGUACAGGUUUAUUAGCAAUACAAAAUAUUUACUCAAAAAAAACACUUCAACAUAUUGAUAUACAUCAUUUAGCACUUCUAUCGAUUCUUUCUAAAUUUGCUUGGUGUCUUCUUAUACCAUUCUGGUUUCUAUUUGAUGGACCACAGAUUGAUAUUAGACAAGAAUUAACAUUAACAGUCAUAUUUUUUAUGUUAAUGGAUGGUCUUUGUAAUUUUAUUUAUAAUGUUCUUGCAUUUACAAUGAUUUCACGUCUUUCACCACUUAGUUAUGUUAUAGCAGGCAGUACAAAACGUCUUGUUGUUAUUAUUAUUUCCAUACUUAUUCUUCAUAAUCCUGUUACUAAAAUGAAUUUAUUUGGUAUUAGUUUAGCUUUAGUUGGUGUUGUUUUAUACAAUAAAAUAAAAUAUGAUGAAAAAAAACAGCAAUCUUUAUUGAAAACAAUAACAAUACAAUCGAUUCUACCAUCGCCAGUGCCAUAA